AUGCUUCCGUCCCGAUCGAUGCAGGGCCGAAAACCAACUUACCCCCGGGUUACGAUACCGUCCCGAAACUCCUCGAGAAGAUGGAGCAGUCUAAAAGCUCCAUAUCUGCACGUAGUCAUGAGAAGGGGGUCGCGUCUAGCGCCGCCACGGGGGAGCUGA